CCAACAACAGGCACACAGCAAAGAGGCAAAUACUAGAGUCUCCAGUCAAAACAAAGAGCAAAGCAACCGCUGAAGGAGAAACACAAUUGAUCUUCAGGGGAGAAGCUGUUACAUUCUACAGCAGGUCUCAUCAUGAGAUACUUUGCUUCAGCUGUGUGUUUAGUUUUGGGGAUAUGUAUGCAGGAUGGAUGGAGCCAUCCUCUCAAGCAGGUCUUUGUCACCUUCCCAGGAGACAUCAUCAAAAAUAUGACUGAUGUGGAGCUGGCAGAAAGUUAUCUGAAGAAGUUUGGCUACUUAGAAACACAGCAGCACCGCAGUGGCUUCCAGUCCAUGGUGUCCACUGAGAAGGCUUUGAAGAUGAUGCAGAGGCAGAUGGGGCUGGAGGAGACUGGAAAGCUGGAUAAGUCCACCCUGGAGGCCAUGAAACAACCUCGCUGUGGGGUUCCCGAUGUGGCCAACUACCAAACCUUUGCAGGAGACCUCAAAUGGGACCAUCAUGACAUCACUUACAGGAUCAUUAACUAUUCUCCAGACAUGGAGAGCUCUCUGAUCGACGACGCCUUUGCCAGAGCCUUCAAGGUGUGGAGUGAUGUGACCCCUUUGACGUUUACGCGCCUCUUUGAUGGGACGGCUGACAUCAUGAUAUCAUUUGGAAAAGAAGACCAUGGGGACCCAUACCCAUUUGAUGGUAAAGAUGGGCUUCUGGCUCAUGCUUAUCCCCCAGGUGAGGGUGUGCAGGGAGAUGCCCACUUUGAUGACGAUGAGUUCUGGACCCUGGGAAAAGGAGCAGCUGUGAAGACUCGCUAUGGGAAUGCAGAGGGUGCCAUGUGCCACUUCCCCUUCACUUUCCAGGGCAAAUCCUACACAACCUGUACCACUGACGGCCGUUCAGACAACCUGCCAUGGUGUGCCACCACAGCUGACUACAGCAGAGACAAGAAAUAUGGCUUCUGCCCGAGCGAACUUCUUUACACAUUUGGAGGAAAUGCUGAUGGAGCCAAGUGUGUCUUUCCCUUCACCUUUCUGGGGGAGGAAUAUGACAGCUGUACCACAGAGGGCCGCAGUGAUGGGUACCGCUGGUGUGCAACCACAGACAACUUUGACAUUGACAAAAAAUAUGGAUUCUGCCCCAGUCGUGACACGGCUGUAAUUGGUGGAAAUUCUGAGGGUGAGCCAUGCCACUUCCCCUUUGAGUUCUUGGGUAAGAAAUAUGACUCCUGCACCAGUGUAGGUCGAGGAGAUGGCAAGCUGUGGUGCGGUACUACUGACAACUACGAUGAAGACAGGAAAUGGGGCUUCUGUCCUGACAAGGGUUACAGUUUGUUCCUGGUGGCAGCCCAUGAGUUUGGACAUGCCAUCGGCCUGGAACACUCCACCGUUAGAGACGCUCUCAUGUACCCUAUGUACAGCUAUGUGGAAAACUUCUCCCUGAAUAAAGACGACAUUGAAGGCAUUCAGUAUCUCUAUGGACGCGGAACAGGCCCUGAUCCCUCCCCCGCCCCCACUGCCACCCAACCAGAUCCUACAGAUGAACCUACUCCACCGCCAACCACACGACCUGUGAAUCCAACCAAAGAUGCCUGCAAGAUGAUCAACUUUGAUGCGAUCACUGUGAUUGCGGGAGAAUUGCAUUUCUUCAAAGACGGAUAUUACUGGAACAAGCCUGGCAAGGGUGAUGAAGAGCUCAGGGGACCAUUCUCUAUUUCUGAGAGGUGGCCAGCUCUGCCACCAGUCAUUGACACUGCUUUUGAGGAGCCUCUGACCAAGAAAUUGUACUUUUUCUCAGGGACCAGAUUCUGGGUGUACACAGGGAAGAAUGUUUUGGGUCCCCGCAGCAUAGAGAAGCUCGGCCUCCCCAAAAGCAUUCAGAAGGUGGAUGGAGCACUGCAGAAGGGGACAGCCAAAGUGCUGCUCUUCAGUGGGGAGAAUUUCUGGAGACUUGAUGUGAAGGCCCAGAAAAUUGACCCAGGGUACCCCAAACAGACAGAUAUUGCUUUUGCUGGUGUCCCCAAUGAUUCUCAUGAUGUAUUCCAGUACAAUGGCCACUACUACUUCUGCCGAGACCGCUUCUACUGGCGUAUGAAUUCCCGCAGACAGGUGGACCGUGUUGGUUAUGUGAAAUAUGACAUCCUCAAGUGCUCAGAUUCUUCACUUGAUCAGUAAUGAGGAGACACGCACACAGGGAUGAGUUGGCAGUUGUCUGUAAUGUGGUAGCAAAUAUUUUUCUCUCUUUAGCAGGUGUCAGGAGGAAUGUAAUGCAGUAUUUGUGUGGCCAUCACUGAUGAUGGCAAAUUCUAAAAUACCAGAAUGGCCUAAAAUUAUGUCAAAGGCCAAGUGCAGAGAAGAAAAUUGCAAUCUUUGGCACCGCCCUUUACUAAGUCUGAUAAAUCUGUGAACUGCUAUUAUAUCAUGUUAUGGUGGCCUAAACAUUGAGACCAACAGCCACAACUUAAAUAUUCUUACAAGCUGUCUGGAUCAGAUUCCAGAUUAUGUCUGACAGGUUCAGGCUCUUAACAUUAUUAAAUUGUUUUGGUAUUUAUAGCAAUAUCUAUUAUUUUUGUGUCCUAAAGCUUAUGUGUUUUGUAUAAUUUGAUGUAUUUCUGAAAAUGGCUUCAAAGCCAAUUACUUGCACUGGAUGACAACACACGUCUCCGUCCUUGAAACUAUUUAUGAGAUUGAAAUAUUUUGUAUUAAAGUUUUAACUUUCAAUACAAUAAACGCUCCAGGACGACUA